CUCGUCCUAACCUAUGAGUCUUUCCCCUCGAAAACUUUCUUCUCACCUGCCAGACGCAAUUAUUGGCUGUUUUACAUUUUAGAUUAAAGAUUUAGUGCAUUGGACACCUAUUUUUUAAGCAAAUGAGAAGUAUGACACUUACAGAAAUGGAGCCAUUAAAAGCACACUUAGAUUCAAAUAAAGAAAGACACCUGGAUUCUUUAGAGAUGGCUGGAAAAAUGGUAGACAAACACAUUCUUGCUGAUAGUAAUUUUCCAUCUUUAACCAAUCUUAUGCGAUAUAAUGUACAAAGUGGACCAACUGUUAGUGGUCUCGAUGAUCAUGACUAUCCUAAUUUAAAUGGUGGAUCAAUGAGUUUAACAAAUAUCAAUCAAAUGAAGAUACAUAGCAAAAUUCCACUGCCUUCUGAAGUAAUGGAACACUUUGGUCAUAUGCAAUGUCACUGCAUGAUGGGCCUUUUUACAGAAAUUUCCAAAGCCUGGCUUACUAUCGACAGUGAUAUUUAUCUAUGGUCCUAUGAAAAUGAGUCGGAUGUUGCAUACUUCGAUGGACUGAAUGAGACUAUUAUAAGCGUAGGUUUAGUGAAACCCAAGGCAGGAAUUUUCCAGAAUUACGUCAAAUAUUUAUUAAUUCUCACAACAACAGUAGAAAUAACUAUCCUUGGUGUUACGAUACCCGAUGAUACAGGAGAAGUUCAAUUAGUCCCGGAACCAAUUUUUACCGUCACUACUGACGGAAUAGGAAUUACUACAAUUGCUAAUACCAGCAGUGGCCGAAUCUUUCUCGGCGGUAGAAAUGGCUCUCUGUUCGAAAUAUAUUAUCAGGCAGAGAGCAGUUGGUUUGGCAAGCGGUGUAAAAAGAUCAAUCACUCGGAAGGUCCGUUGUCGUUCCUGGUACCAUCGUUUGUUUCUAUGGCACUGUCGGAGGAAGAAGCUAUAAUUCAGAUAUCCGUGGACGAUUCGCGCAACAUUUUGUACACUUUGGGCGAUAGGGGUACGAUCACAGUUUGGGAUAUUGAUAAUGGCGGUGCGUCGAAAAUUACAUCCUUGUCUCAGGCUUCUUUGGUGCAAAAUACUGUCCACGUUGUUAAGACUCUGGAUAGUAAUAAUUUCCGACCCCUUGUGAGCAUAUCAGCCAUAUCGGAGUCCGAAUCGGUACACUUAAACCUGGUUGUGGUCGCAGCGACGGGGACUCGCUUCUACUUCAGCUGCACCUCGGUUACAAAUCCUACUAGUAGACCGCAAGGUCUGCAAUUGAUACAUGUCAGAUUACCACCGGGUUACGCUGCGAACGCUCCGGUGAUGAGGCCACGGAAAGUGCAGAUGGCGUAUUAUAGAAAAGGCACCCUUAUUCUCGUCUGCGGCGGUGAUACAGAGAGCGCAUGGUGUUUGAGUAACGACGCCUAUCCAUUUACAAAUUAUUUAGCCGAAACUCAAAGUAUCCUGCCUCUCGAUAGUCCAGCUUGGGCAAUGGAGGAGAUCAUUGGGGAUUCGGCUAUACACAUCGAGAAGCAGAACAGUCCUCAGGGUGAGCCUCCGCUGUUGGUGCGCCAACACAUGGAACCACCGAGAAAAUUCAUAUUUCUCACAGCACAGGGCGCAAUAAUCUUGAUGCAGGUGCGUCCCGUGGACAUCCUGCGACAGCUGCUCUUGGAACAACGCGGACCCGACACCGAACCGGUGCGCGCGUAUUUUCAGUCGCAAUCUCUGGAGCAAGCUUGCGCCACGUGCCUUAUUCUGGCGACGCUCGCGAGUUCUCAAAACGCCCAGUUAUCCGAGUGGGCGACCCGUGCGUUCUUUUUAUACGGCGGCCAAAGGACAGUAGGAAUAGGUCUCCCCAUUGACAUGCACAGUGGUUUCUCUAAUAUCAACCCAGUAGAUUUACGUACGUCCACGCCCAGAAUGCCAACCUUCGACUCGAGAACUCAAGCCUUCCGAUCGCACGCUCAAAUGGGACUCACCACGGACGUCGCUUUGCAACACUUCUCCGCGAAGCACAGCGGAUUAUAUUUGUACGUAGGAAGAAUACUUCGUCCUAUAUGGAACAUAAGGUGUAUAAAGCAAGAAAUAGUGAAUAAUAAAAGUCAGAUAUCCAGUACGGUGCCAGCGACACAAAUAGCCUGGAUCUUAGGACAUUUGCAAGCAUUGAGGUGUUUCUUGAACAAAAAUACGCAUAUCUCGAAACAACAAAACGCAACUAAUAGAAGUAUAACGACUGGCUUUGAAACGACCAUUUCGAGCCACUUUCAAGAGCCAAUCGUGGAAGAAAGGAAUUCGUUGGAUGCUCUAAAAGUUUUCAUCACUCACGCCUGCGAAGUUCUCGGUUUGUGGAAGAUAUUGUGCGAGAAUCAGUUGAACAAUAUUGUGAAUUGCUUAACGAAGGAUCAGAUCGCUCAGUUUUCGACCGCCACCUUCAGAGACUUGAUUUUGAUAGGCCAUGAGAUAUCCUCUCUGCUCAUCGUUCAUUUGAUUGACAGCUAUCUCGGGGACAACGCGUCGGUAGAUACCGUAAGCGCAAAGUUGAGGGAGGUAUGCCCGAAUUUGUACAGAUCCGAGGACGCCGAUUGUUCUAAGGCGAACGAGAUUAUUCUGAAGGCGAAAAAUUGCACAAAUCCGGAGGAGAAAGAAUUGUACCUGCAGUCUGCCUUAAAGCUUUGCAAGAAGGUAGCGCCCAGGUUGAAUUUGGCCGCGGUGUGCCAGCAGUUUGUGGCGUGCCAGUUUUACAUGGGAGUGCUCGAAUUGUGUAUCUGCUGUGCAGAAAGAAUAGAUCCCAACAAUGCCGCCUCUCAUUAUUACAAGAACAACGAGCCCCAAGAAGAUAACGAAGGAUACCAGGCCUUUAUGAAACGUUUAGAAAUUUAUAAGGAAUUCAUCACGAUGCUGGAACACUUGUAUCAGCAGAGUCUCUCCAGCCCUUUAACGCCGACUGUACCGAGCAAGCCUGGGCCUCCCUUGCUGACUUCGAUCACUGCGAUAACACCGGCGAAGGAAAUGUUGCAUGAGAUCAUAGGCGACGCGCUGCAGGCUCCGUGCGAGACGCUACAUUCCUCUAUUUACACCUGGAUGAUCGAGAAAGGGCUGCAUGGUGAAUUGGUCGCGCUCGCCGCACCGUCGUUGGAGACUUACCUCAAUCGUGCCAACGCGCUCGAGCUGCUCUGGCAAUUUUACGAGAGAAACAAGAAUCACGCAGCUGCCGCGAAAAUCUUGGACUCUUUAGCCAGCAAAGGGUACGCGUCAGAUAUAUCACUACCGGAGAGAGUGGAGUAUUUGGCACGAGCGGUUGCGUGCAUGCGAAGCCAUCAGACCGGAUACGCUCCUUACCUUGGGAUCUUCUUGCGCGAACUGGAAGAUAAGCUGGAAGUAGCUAGAAUGCAGCAAAAGAUACUCGAUAUUAUCAACAAUAUAACGAACAAUCAGCAAAGUCUGCACGAUUCCAUGACGGUGAAAGACGCAAAAUCGAGACUGAAUUCUUCGCUGCUUGACAUCACACAGUUGUACGAAGAAUACGCAGAGCCCUUGCAGCUUUGGGAAUGCAAAUUGGCUAUAAUUCAUUGCUCAGGUCAUCAGGAUGAUAUGUUGAUCAAAGGAAUUUGGACGAAUAUAAUUGAUAAUGAAUUAGAAAACGUGACAGCUCCAUCCAACGAAGAUAAAAUGACCAUUUUAAUGAGUAAAGUUAAAUUACUUGGCCAGGAAUAUGUCGGAUCGCCGCAUUGCUUCCCAAUUGACUUUUUAGUGAAACAACUGGAGAUGAAAGCGUGUAAAUAUAAAAUUUCCAAUACUUGCAUCAUAACCGGGUUCUUAGAAUUGGGAGUGGCGAUGGAGGACCUCUUGGACAUUUAUGACAAAAUGAUCGGUAAAAAUACCCGUACCUGGUUGAAUGAAGGCAACGAAUUUCACCUGAUUGAAUCGACAGCGAAUUUGGUGCAUCAUUUUAUAAAACAUUCGAACGUUACGAACAGCUUUAUCAGGAGAAAAAUAAUAACAAAAUGUCAGGAUGUCAUAUCGAAGUGCUUAACAACACUCUUCAGCAAACCUAACGGCGGUGACCUCGACAGAGAAAUAGCGAAUUUGCGAUCGAUCCAAAGCAUAUUGAAUCGCAUGUGAGACAGCUUUACCUGAGAGCAAUCAGGAUUGGACGUACAUUAUAUAUAUAAAAAAUAGGGUAUCAAAGUGACUUUUCAAAGUAUCUGAUACAAGCCGCUGCGCUACGCCAAGCCACGACGCUGUUGACGACGGCGUCGCUAAUCAAAUAAUUACUCAAUUUAUAAAUAUUUACCAAGUACUUUGUCUCUUUAAUUUUACAAAGUUGCAAAUUAAUACUGCAUCAAGUGGUUA